AUGAGCAUGUACUCCAUUGCGAAAUCCAUCGGUCUUCCCGCUACAUACGUGGAACUUCGACAUCAAGCUACGCAUGAGGAGCUCCCAUCCCUCUCGAAACUGAGGACUGCAACCCAGAAGGCGUUGAUGUGGAUAUGGGAGUACUAUUGGGUUAAUUUGACUGCCAAUGACGAUGGGCGGGAAGAAGCAGGAGGGGUCACUGAGUGCAGGGAAUUUGUGAAAAGGGUGGUUGGGGAGGAGAACGAUGAGAGGAGGAGAGAGUUGCAGAGCCACUUGUCGAAUUGGGAGGAGGAUGAAUUGCUCAUGGCGAUCACCGAAGUUCAAUGGACCGAGAAGGAUUCAAAGAUCUUAUUGAGAUGCUUGGAGUUGCAUCGUAACAUCUCCAAUCGGGGUGCUACUUCUUUAGGAACUACCGGACACGGUAUUAAAGUUGGAAAUCUCGACAAACUCAGACAGGAGAUGGCUAGCAUGGAGCAGUGCCUCGAGGAUAAUGAGGAUGAAUCUAGGGCUAAAAAUUUCGUAAAAGAGAAAGCCGUUUCCUUGGAAGAAGGAAAUGGAUGGACGAUGUGGGAAGGCCCUUGGGUAACAAAACCUAUAGGAUUGGUCUGA